AUGACUUAUCAUCCUCUGCUCGACUCUUUCGCGGUAGUUGGACUCACAGCUGUCGUCAUUGGCUUCACUCGAGCCACAUCACCGAUUCGCACUGCAUGUCUACCCGUCUUGCUGGGACUAACGUGGCAUUGCCUUGUAAACUGUCCGGUGCAAAUCACCAGAAGCUCGUGGGCAUCGGCGGUUGGCGGAUACACGCUCUCGUCCUUGAUGCACUUUGUGGAUGUUGCCCUGCUCAGCGGAUGGAGCUUCGACCUUCAAGGUCCGGCAAGAGACUUGAUUAGGGGAAUCACGGCCAAGCCGGCUGCAACACCUGCGGCGCAUUCCGCCCGAGGCGAGUCUGGAUUUUCAGCGCGGCUGCGAUAUGGUUUUGCCGUUUUCUUCUCAUGGCGCUUUGUCAAGACCCCCUAUCAAGUCAAACAUCUACCUCAGUUGGACCCGUGCCUACUCUCAUCCCGUCGACGUUAUCUCUGGCAUACCACGGUGACCAUUGCAGUUUGCUACCUGAUCCUCGACAUUAUGGACUCAUCAUCAGAUGCAGAGGUGGCAAGCAAGUUCUACUCGCCCGACAAGAUUGGUUUGUUCUCAAGGCUUGGCGACAUCACCAUCGAGGAGCUUUUCAUGAGGUUUUUCGCCGCAGUUGGACUUUGUGCUGGGUUGGUGUCAUUUCAACGGGGAGUCUAUAGUGUCGUGGCGUUGGUCUGCGUUGGGUCAGGCUUGAGCGCCUCCGAGGACUGGCCGCCAUUCAAUGGCCCAAUUCUCCAAGCUUAUAGUCUGAGACGCUUCUGGAGUAUAUUUUGGCAUCAAAUCAACACGCAUCGACUCAACACCAUGUCCAAUUACUUGCUUCAUGAUAUUCUGAGGCUUCAGAGAGGCGGACCACUGGUGAGAUACGUACGGACUUGGCUCAUAUUCUUACUAUCCGGUGUAUGGCAUGUGGCAAUGGAUUUCUCCUCGGGCAUCGCCAUGGAACAAUCCGGAGCACUUCGUUUCUUCUCAAUUCAACCAUUGGGAAUCUUUAUUGAAGACUUGAUUCUCUCCCGCUUUCAUGUUGUUCCCGGAUCGAGAACAAAACAAACGCCGGCUUUGAUCAAUCGUUGUAUUGGGUUUGCCUGGGUAUGCCUGUGGAUGGCGUGGACGGCACCAGGGUACUUGUAUCCAAUCAUGGACAAGAGCAGUUCAGAGGAUACAGGUGUGGUUCCUGUCAGCGUGGUUGGGUAUAUGAAGUACAUGGGAGGAUGA